AUGCUUCGGAUACAGCAAAUUCGUGCGAGUCUGCGUCUCUUCUCCAACCCUUUUCCCAACCAGUAUGGCAGACAUCUUGACGAUGUCUCUUUGUUGGAUAACCCCAAUCCCUUGAUCACAGCGGUCGUGGAUAUUCACACUCCUGUUAGUGGAUUCGAGUUUAUGUUGAGAAGAGCGUGUGCAGAAGUAAUUUCCAAAUACCACUCCAUCAGUGAAGAUUCACCUCUCUUGACGACAGACGUGCAAGAAAGCGAUAAGUAG